AUGCAGCAAGCUUAGAAAUAGCAUACUAAAUAUACAAUUAGAUUAUAAAAGCUCAUCAGCCUUAUUUUCUAAUUUGUAAUAUCUUAAAAAUCUCCAAACUUUGAAACUCGUGUUGAAUAAAUAGGUUAAAGUUUAUAAAGCCUUACAAAUUUAUCAAAUUUUGAGCUCGAAUUUAAAUUUGAUCAGCAAAAAACUCUAGGAAUUUGCUCAAUAUUAGAAAACUGUAAGAAUUUAUCAUCUUUAAAACUUAAACUGAAUAACAAUGAAAUUACAGAUGAUAUGUUAUCUUAAAUGUGUUAGUCUUUAUCUUCCUGCAAAAAUAAUAAUCUUUAAAUUUUAGUUUUAGACUUCAGUAACAAUCAAAUUACAGAUGACAUGCUAUCUUAAAUGUGUUACUCUUUUUCUUCCUGCAAAAAUCUUUCGCAUUUAGAACUAAUUUUAAAGAAUAAUUAUUUAUAGUGUAUUUGUGGUAUCUGUAGUCCUUUGUUGGUCUUGAACAAUCUUUAAAUUUUAGUUUUAGACUUCAGUAAAAACAUUAUCAAAGGAUUAACUGUAUCUGAAUUAGGCUCUGCUUUAUCAAAGUGCUUUAACCUUAUAUCUUUAGAAUUUUGGCUUGACGAUGUAACAAUAUUUGUAUUUGCCAAAUAUUUGCCAAACAUAAUAAAUUUAAGAAAUCUAAAGCUUCAUCUAGAACAUAAUUCUGUUUCUGAAGAUUAAGAAAAAUAGUUAUCUAUUUUUGUUCUAAAAUUGAAGAAAUUAGUUUAAAAACAAAUUUCCAUAUUUUGA